AUGCUAAGCGACGAGACGAAUACGAAUAAUAAUAAUGCGCCGAAUUCCACGGGCAAAAUGCAGUCCACUGCUGAAAUUCAACAAUUCACUGCCUAUUUGCUUCGUGUAGUUCCUCUAGCGGCGGAUUUGAAUUCGAUGAAUGAAACGGAAGAAUUCAAACGAGCUUUGGAAGAAAAGGCAUCAGCUAUUGACGGAGUCAGACGAUUCUUAAGCGAUCCGCAAUGUGUCGUGCUUUUCAUUCGAAUUGUUCAACCAGGAAAAGACGAGGAACAAGAUGGCGUUGACGGGGCUGACACUAAUGGCAACAGUUCGAUUCAAUUCGAAUUUUCAACUGAAACAACCUAUGCAGCGCAAAAAGGAAUGAGCAUAGCGCUAAUGAAGAUCACGCCUACAAUUGACAUGGACAAGAAAAUAUCUCAACAAAUUCAUUUGGCUACAUUUACAAAUCGUGCACCAGCGGAAGUCUUUCGAACAUUUCUUUCUCAAGCAAUGGCACCCUAUCUGAAGAGUUUUCUUCGUCAACAGAAAGAACGUGACCGUGAAAAGUCUAUUGUAGUCUUAGAAGAAAAGUUGAAUGAACUUGAAGCAAAUCUUUUACAAAUGAAUCAGACAGUGAGCAUUCCCGAUGUCAUUCUUGUACCUCAUGCAUCGGUCGCUCAAGCUAUUCGACAAUGUCAGGAAAAGAAUCAACGGCCAAACGUUGACUUUUUCCGUGAGAAAGUCGAAGAUUCCAAUUUUCUAAACCAAUUACAAGCAACGGUGAAUCGAUGGAUUCGAGAAAUUCAAAAAGUAACGAAAUUAGAACGAGAUCCGUCGACCGGAUCAGCCAUGCAAGAAGUCACUUUUUGGUUGAACAUCGAACGUGCAUUAUAUAAAAUUCAAGAACAAAUGGGUAGCACUGAAGUUCAAUUAACUCUAGACGCGUUGAAACUCGGCAAACGCUUUCAUGCAACCAUUAGUUUUGAUUCGGAUACUGGCCUGAAAGAAGCAAUGGACAAAGUGAAAAACUACAAUAUGUUAAUGAAAGAUUUUCCCAUGCAUGAUCUUCUCUCGGCAAAUGAUCUACCGAAAAUAAAGAAUUCUAUUAGUGUCAUCUUCAAUCAUCUCAAACGUGUUCGAAAUACACGAUAUCCCAUCAAUCGGAUUUUACGUUUAAUUGAAGCGAUCUCACGUGAUCUUAACACUCAAAUGAUUAAGAUUCUAUCGACUACACAUUUAAUUGAAAUUCCAAUUAGUAAUUUCGAUCAUAUAGUGAAUGAAUGCAUGGAAAUCUUCUCAUUAUGGGAUGAAGAGUACGAAAAACUGCAAGGUUUACUUCGAGAUAUGACGAAAAAGAAUGCAGUUAAUGCUCAACAAUUGAAACAAGCAUGGAAAAUUACUCCUGAACAUAAAAAGUUACAGGCACGUUUAGAACAAGUGAAACAAUUUCGUCGUCAACACGAGCAAUUUCGUUCUGUUAUCGAACGUCUCUUAUCGAAACAGUCCGUCGUUGAAUCUUCACCAGGAGCUGUUCAACUUGUUGAUCAGACAGAUUCGAAUGCUGUUCAAGAAAUCCAACAAGCUUUCGAAAGCUUAAAACAUAUCGAUAUUCUCGAAUGUUCACCCGAAGGUACACAAAUGUGGAACGAUACGAUGAAGAUCUAUGAAGAACGAAUUGAGAAAGUUGAACGACGCAUAACCGCGCGUCUUCGAGAACAACUCGCCAAGGCUCGAAAUGCCAAUGAAAUGUUUCAAAUUUUCGCUCGCUUUCACGAUCUACUCAUUCGACAACACAUCCGAAAUGCGAUUCGUGAGUAUCAAACUCAGUUAAUUCAACGAGUGAAAAUCGACAUCGAUCAACUACACGAAAAAUUCAAAGCGAAAUAUUCGGCGAGUAAAGCAAUGAAAAUGAGCCGAAUUACAGUGGAUAUUCCGGUAACAACAGGAUCGAUUAUCUGGGCAAAACAAAUUGAGAAGCAGUUGGUGCGAUACUUAAAACGUGUGGAAGAUGUGCUCGGAUCUGGAUGGGAGCAACAUGUCGAUGGACAACGAUUGAAAUUCGAAGGAGAUAGUUUUAAACAACGUCUAAAUACAGCACCCAUCUUUGAAGACUGGCUGGAAAAAGUUUCAAAGAAAAGCAUGAGUGUGGUUGGUUUCAUAUUUAGUUUGGAAACUGUUCGAGCAGCCAAAGGAAAUGUACUUCGAUUGAAAGUUAACUUUACCCCUGAGAUCAUUAUGUUAACAAAAGAGGUUCGGAAUUUAAAAUGGCUCGGUUACCGUGUGCCAUUGCCGUUGGUCAACAAAGCCCACCAAGCCAAUCAGCUGUAUCCGUAUGCUGUCGGUUUACUUGAAAAUGUUCGAGCGUAUGAUGUAUCCAAUUCGAAACUCAAUACCGAUCACGGACAAGAUUACUUGGUCGGAAGUAUGAAAAGAGACAUUCAAAAUCUAAUCACCGAAGGGACGAAAUUAACCUGGGAAUCGUACAAAUUAGAACCAUACGUUCAGCGAUGUAUCGAAGCAUUUACAAAAUAUAACGAAAAUGUUGAUGAAAUCAUUCGUUUGGAUAACUUGAUGUUUGAAUCGAUUGAUCAAUUGAAUAAGUGUUCGUAUGAGAUCAAUACAUUUGCUGAAUUAUUAGAACAGACGCAGAAAGUCGUAGAUGAAUUUUGCUUGCAUGAUUAUUCAAAUUUUCCGAAAUGGAUCGCGGUUAUCGACGGCAAAGUUGAAAGGAACCUUUUUGAUCGUUUACAAGCCGCGAUAACACUAUGGAAUCAGGCAUUGAUCAGGCGUGAAAAAGGCAAAUUGAAAGAGAAGAGACGAAUGCGAUUAAAGAAAAUUAUCCUGGAAAUUCGUAUUGUCAAUCAAAUGUUGGUAUUAGUUCCUCCAUUUGAGUCUGCUCGGGAGCAACUGUUCAAUUCAUUUUUCGAUUGUCAAUCAGUCAUUACAUCACAAAAGCGCAUAAAGAGUAGUCGUUAUCAUGUCAACGCAGAUAUCGAACCGGAAGAGGAAGAUUUGACUUACAAUGACUUGUUUCUCAAAUUUCCUGAGGAAAGUAGUAUAUCUAUUGGUGCAGCUUAUGAUGCCAUCGAGCAGUUACUUGUGGAAGCGGAAACUUAUUUUCAAGGUUGGCUUAAAUACCAAGUUCUCUGGGAUUUGGAGCCGAACGUUGUUUUCGAACGUCUGGGUACAAAUAUUCAAUCAUGGUUUGAAUGCUUGAAAGAUAUCAAGGAAUCGCGCAAAACACUUGAUACACAGGAAACAUACAAAUCAUUCGGUCCAUUAAUCAUCGACUUUUCGAAGAUACAAUCAAAAAUUGGUGUUAAGUAUGACAAUUGGCAUCAGGACCUUCUUCGAAAGUUCGGUCAGAUCAUUCAAACAGUUACCAAUGAUUUCUACACCCAUAUUUCCGAACAUCAAAAUAAUCUCGAAACAAAAUCGCUCGAGUCGGGUAGUCUCGACGAAAGUGUACAAUUAAUGGAGACAAUCGAUGUUGUUCGCGAAAAUCAAGCCGAAAAUGAACUCAAAAUUAAACAAUUGCUUGAAGCUCAACGUUUACUUGAGCGACAACGUUAUUCAUUUCCAGAUAACUGGACAUCCAUCGAUACAGUACAAAAUUCCUGGGUGUCGAUGAAUGACAUGUUGAAACGAAAGGAACAAGUCAUCAAUACUAAAUUGGAUACAAUUCAAGAGAAAGUCAAAGUCGAAGCACAAAUUAUCGACACAAAGACAAAGGAAAUCUUGGAAGAUUGGUCAACGAAAAAACCGAUCGGAGGUGAUUUGAAACCUCGCGAUGCCAUUCGACAACUAGCUUCAUAUGAAAAUAAACUUAAUGAACAGUUGGAGAAACGAGCGACGCUUAAUAAAGCGAAACAAAGUGUUAAAAUUCAAGAAUCCGGUCAUGUCGAUCAUUAUGAGAAACGGUUACGUGCUGACCUUGCUGAACUUGAAGAGAUUCGUAAUGUCUGGAAAUCUCUUGAGAAUGUUUGCAAUCGUUUAGAAGAACUCAAAGAUAUCCAAUGGCUCACUGUUCAACCGAAAAAACUCAAAGCCAAUCUCGAAGAACAACUCGCCUCAAUGUCUGCAAUGGUUUCCUCUGUGAAAAAUUAUCAUUCAUACAAUGCCGUGAAAUCAAAUAUCGAAAACUAUCUCAAAAUGAUUCCAUUCAUCAAUGAAUUGAAAUCUGAAGCUUUAAAAGAACGUCAUUGGAAGGAUAUGAUUAAGAUACUUGAUUUAUCAAUGACAUGGAACAACAUGGCCGACGUCACUUUACGAGAUAUUUGGGAACAAGCUGAUAAUCUGAAGAAAAACGAGCAGCAAUUACGUGAUAUCAUGACCAGUGCUCAAGGUGAAAAGGCUUUGGAAGAAUUUUUGAAACAAAUCAGUGAACAAUGGAAGGUCUAUCAGUUAGAAUUAAUUGAUUAUCAAAAGAAAUGUAAAGUGAUCAAAAGCUGGGAUGAUUUAUUUACACGAGCAAAGGAAAAUCUUAGUAACAUAUUGAGUAUGAAGUUAUCACCCUACUUCAAAGCUUUCGAAGCAGAAACACUUUCUUGGGAGGAUAAACUGAAUCGAAUCAUAAAUAUCUUCGACAUUUGGAUUGAUGUGCAACGACGAUGGGUCUAUCUUGAAGGUAUAUUUACCUCCUCGACCGCUAUUGCACAGUUAUCGCCGAAUGAAUCUCAAAAAUUUCAAAGUGUAGCCAAUGAAUUCGUUGGGUUAUUGAAAAAAGUUGAAAAAUCAUCAUUAGUGCUCGAUGUGAUUGCGAUACCCAACGUACAAAAAUUACUCGAGCGUUUGGCCGAUUCGUUAACGAAAAUUCAGAAAGCAUUGGGAGAAUAUCUCGAACGACAACGUGCAGCUUUUCCACGAUUCUAUUUCAUUGGUGAUGAAGAUUUAUUAGAAAUGAUCGGUAAUUCGAAUAAUCUGUUACGUUUACAGAAGCACUUCAAGAAAAUGUUCGCUGGUGUUCAUGCAUUGAUCAUCAAUGAAGAAGAUUCGUCCGUUAUCGAAGGUGUGCAAUCGAAAGAAGGUGAACUAGUGAAAUUUUUCAAUCAAAUAUCGAUUAAACAACAUCCGAAUAUAAACGAUUGGUUAACUCGCGUGGAAAAAGAGAUUAGUCUAACUUUAGCCAAACUAUUAGCACAAUCAAUCCCACAAUUGAUCACAUUGCAGAAAAAUGUCAACGAUACUCAAGGAUUUAUCAACUGGCUUGAUCAAUACCAGGCUCAAUUAGUUGUACUUGCAUUUCAAGUCUCUUGGUCAGAAAGUAUUGAGCGUUUCCUCCAUGACAAAAAUGUUGAUCUACAACCAGCACUUCGACAAAUCGAAGCAACACUUGGCAUGUUAGCCGAUCUCGUACUUGCUGAUCAACCGACUGUUCGUCGACGAAAACUUGAGCAUCUCAUCAUUGAACAUGUUCACAAACGUGAUGUCACUCGAUCCUUGAUCGAUAAGAAGGUUGACUCAGCCACGAACUUCGAAUGGCUUGCUCAGAUGCGUUUAUACUUUGAACCGAGCAAUCAGAACGUACUGGAACAGUUGAAAAUCCGUAUGGCUAACGCAGAGUUUCAUUAUGGAUUUGAAUAUCUUGGUUUACAGGAUCGUCUCGUUCAAACACCGUUGACCGAUCGAUGUUUCUUAACCAUGACUCAAGCAUUGCAUGCAAAAUUUGGUGGUUCACCGUUUGGACCUGCUGGAACGGGAAAAACUGAAUCGGUAAAAGCACUUGGUAACGCUCUCGGCCGAUUUGUUCUCGUGUUCAAUUGCGAUGAAGCAUUCGAUUUUCAAGCUAUGGGCCGUAUUUUUGUUGGCUUAUGUCAAGUUGGCGCAUGGGGUUGCUUCGAUGAAUUCAAUCGUUUGGAAGAACGUAUGCUAUCCGCUGUUUCUCAACAGAUUCAAACUAUACAAGAAGCGCUUCGGCAACAAUCGUCAGCAAAUAAAAGUACACUGAAAAUUGAACUGGUCGGUAAAACAAUCACUGUUAACUCUAACAUGGCGAUCUUUAUUACAAUGAAUCCUGGCUAUGCCGGCCGUUCGAAUUUACCUGACAAUCUUAAAAUGCUUUUCCGCAGUUUAGCAAUGACAGUACCGGAUAAAGUUCUCAUUGCACAAGUGAUGCUCUAUUCACAAGGUUUCCGUCAAGCUGAAGUUUUAUCCAAGAAGAUCGUUCCAUUAUUUACAUUAUUAAGUGAACAACUCUCCAAUCAAUCUCAUUAUGACUUCGGUUUACGAUCAUUGAAAAGUGUUCUGGUUAUGGCUGGCAAUAUCAAACGUGAGAAAAUUAAAAAUGAAACAGCAAACGAAGAUGAACAAGAAAUUGUCAUUCAAGCCAUUAUGGAUAGUUUCGUUCCACGUCUUGUUGCGGAUGAUUUAGUUCUGUUGAAUAGUCUGCUGAACGAUGUUUUUCCCAACGCCACAUACAAUCGACCGUCGAUGGCGCGUCUUCGUGAAGAAAUUGAAAAUGCCGCCAAAGAGCUCUUUCUAGUAUGUGAAGAUUUAUGGGUAGAGAAGGUUUUACAACUGUAUCAAAUCACAAAUCUCAAUCAUGGUUUGAUGUUUGUUGGUCCUACAAGCUGUGGUAAAACAAUGGCCUGGCGUGUAUUGCUAACUGCAUUGAAUCGUAUCGAGAAUUCUGACGGUCAAGCACAUAUCAUCGAUCCCAAAGCAAUUUCUAAAGAUGAUCUAUACGGUUAUAUGGAUCAAAAUACUCGUGAAUGGACGGAUGGUUUAUUUACACAUAUUUUGCGUAAGAUCAUUGAUAAUCUUCGUGGCGAAUUAACAAAACGUCAAUGGAUUAUCUUUGAUGGCGAUGUCGAUCCCGAAUGGGUUGAAAAUUUAAACUCCGUUCUUGAUGAUAAUAAAUUGCUUACCUUACCCAAUGGUGAACGUCUUGCUCUUCCACCCAAUGUUCGAGUGAUGUUCGAAGUUCAAGAUCUACGUCAUGCAACUUUGGCAACCGUAUCUCGAACGGGUAUGGUCUGGUUCAAUCAACAAACAGUAACAUCAGCUAUGCUAUUACAAUACUACCUGAAUCGCAUUCGACAAGAAUCUGUUUUCGAUGUCAUCAAUCAGGAUGAUCCAAAUAGUAAAGAUACGGUCAUUCAAUCAUCUGAUGAGAACAAGGCAAACAUCUUACAAAUACAAAAUCGUGUCGCUGAUCUACUCGAACCAUAUUGUAGCAAAGAAAAUGGAUUAAUUCUUGAUACAUUGGACUAUGCAGGAGAGAAACAAGCACAUAUUAUGGAUUUCUUACCAGCGAGAUGUUUACAAACAUUGUUUUCUAUGCUCAAUCAUGUGAUACGCACGAUUAUCAAACGACAAUUGUUUUCAGCCGAUCGAACAACACCUCUGAGUGACAAACAGAUCGAACAAUAUUUGGUGAAAUCAUUGAUUAUUUCAAUGAUUUGGUCAUUCUCAGGCGAUAGUAAAUUGAAAUAUCGACAACAAUUAGGUGAAUUCAUUAUGAAUACUAUCAAAAACAGCAACAUCUCAUCACCGGCAGAUAAAAGUUUACCAAUCAUUGAUUUUGAAGUUAAUAGUGAAGGCGAAUGGGAAUCAUGGUUAGUCAAAGUUCCUACAAUGGAACUUGAAGGAAAUAAGGUUGAUGCGAGCGAUUUGGUCAUACCUACCAUCGAUACCAUUCGACAUGAAACUCUUCUCUAUACAUGGCUCAAUGAGCACAAACCUCUUUUACUCUGUGGGCCACCUGGAAGUGGCAAAACAAUGACUCUGUUCAGUGCACUUCGUUCAUUACCAGCAUGUGAAGUUGUUGGUCUGAAUUUUUCGUGUGCUACAACACCAGAAUUGAUCCUGAAAACUUUUGCACAUUAUUGUGAAUACAAGAAAACUGCUACAUCGGGUGUCGUUCUUGCGCCUAGUCAGUUAGGAAAAUGGAUUAUUGUCUUCUGUGACGAAAUCAAUUUACCCGAUGAAGAUAAAUAUGGCACACAGCGUGUGAUUGCUUUUCUAAGACAAUGUAUUGAACAUGGUGGAUUCUAUCGAACAUCAGAUCAUACAUGGAUACGUUUAGAACGAAUUCAAUUCGUCGGUGCGUGCAAUCCACCAACAGAUCCUGGACGAAAACCAUUAUCGCACAGAUUUCUACGGCACUGUCCAUUGGUGUAUGUGGAUUACCCAGGUGAACUAUCGCUAAAACAAAUUUACGGCACAUUCAAUCGAGCCAUGUUGAAGAAAUUCAGCAAUUUGAAGUCGUCAGCAGAUGCACUAACAAAUGCGAUGGUUGAAUUCUUUCUAAUGACACAAGAACAAUUCACUGUUGAUCAACAACCUCAUUAUGUUUAUUCGCCUCGUGAGAUGACUCGAUGGGUACGGGGUAUCAACGAAGCUAUUCGCAAUGUUCAAAGUUUAAACGUAGAAGAUCUGGUUCGUCUCUGGGCCCAUGAAGCACUACGUUUAUUCCAUGAUCGAUUGAUCUACGAUUAUGAACGUCAAUGGACAGAAAAAGCGAUUGACGACAUCGCAGCUAAACAUUUUGGCAAUGUUGAUUUGAAUGUUGCGUUGAAACGACCAAUUCUAUUCAGUGAUUGGUUAGCAGGACACUAUGCUUCGAUCGAUGAAGAAGAAUUACGACAAUAUAUUCAAGGAAGGUUAAAAAUAUACUACGAAGAAGAAGUCGGGAUUCAUCUCGUACUUUUCAAUCAAGUGCUCGAUCAAGUCCUACGAAUUGAUCGGGUAUUUCGUCAACCACAAGGUCAUCUUCUACUGAUCGGCUUAUCUGGCACUGGCAAAGCUACACUCUGUCGAUUUGUUUCGUGGUUAAAUCAAAUCAGUUUCUUUCAAUUGAAAGUACACAAUAAAUAUACCGCCGCUGAUUUUGACGAUGAUUUACGUCAGCUAUUACGUCGUUCAGGUUGCAAAGGAGAAAAGAUUGUUUUUCUUCUCGAUGAGUCGAAUGUUAUGGAUAGUAGUUUUCUCGAACGAAUGAAUACUCUAUUAGCUAAUGGAGAAGUUCCUGGCUUAUUCGAAGGCGAUGAAUAUUCCGCUUUGCUAACAUUAUGUAAAGAAGGCGCACAACGACAAGGCUUGAUGCUGGAUUCCAACGAUGAACUCUACAAAUGGUUUACAAUACAAGUGAUGAGAAAUCUCCAUGUGGUUUUCACAAUGAAUCCGAGUGCUAAUGGUCUACGUGAUCGAGCAUCGACAUCACCUGCUCUGUUCAAUCGAUGUGUCUUAGAUUGGCUUGGCGAUUGGUCCUUGGAUGCUUACUAUCAUGUAGCAAGUGAAUUAGCACAGAGCGUUGACAUACAAAAAGCUGACUAUACUGCUCCGAAGACAUUGAGCCGUCUAGUAGCGAGUUUGCCCGUUGAACCAACUUAUCGUGAUGUGAUCAACAAUGCGUUUGUUUUCGUUCAUCAAUCACUGCACAAAUUAAAUGAGACAUUGCGUAAAAAAGGUUCUACGACGAAAACAAUCAUCAUUACUCCAAGUCACUUUCUUGAUGCUAUUCAACAUUUUAUCAAAAUCACAGCAGAGAAACGAACUGAAAUCGAAGAGACUCGCCAGCAUUUAAUUGUCGGUCUCGACAAGAUUCACGAAACUGUCGUUCAAGUGGAACAAUUACAAACGUCAUUAGCUGAUAAAAGAAAGGAAUUGAAUGAUAAAAACGAAGAAGCUAAUUUGAAAUUAAAGCAAAUGGUUCACGAUCAACAAGAAGCCGAAAAAAAACGAAUCAGUUCACAAGAACUACAAGUUGUCUUAGUGAAACAACAAGAGCAAAUCGCAGAAAAACGCAAGAUAGUCAUGCAAGAUUUGGAUAAAGUCGAACCGGCUGUGCAAGAAGCUCAACAAGCGGUGAAAUCUAUCAAGAAACAGAACUUAGUCGAAAUCAAAAAUCUGAACAAUCCUCCACAAGGUGUCAAAUUAACAUUGGAAUCGAUUUGUUUACUGUUGGGUGAAGAAACAACUGACUGGAAAUCGAUCCGUAGUAUAAUGAUGCGUGAAAAUUUUAUUUCAACAAUCGUUAAUUUCGACACGGAUAAUAUCACUCCUGCCAUUGUCAAUAAGAUGAAGACGAAAUAUUUAAACAAUCCUGAUUAUUCGUAUGAUAAAGUGAAUCGUGCUUCUGCUGCAUGUGGCCCAUUGGUGAAAUGGGCGACAGCCCAGUUGACUUAUGCGGAUAUGUUGAGUAAAGUCGAACCGCUACGAAACGAAUUGAAGAGUUUAGAAAAGGAAGCCGAGAAAAAGGUAGCGGAUAUGCAACAAACGAACGAUUUAAUUGCAACAUUGGAAACAAGCAUCGCUCAGUAUAAAACUGAAUAUGCAGAUUUGAUAUCUGCAGCACAGGCAAUUAAAACAGAUCUUUCGCAAGUUGAAUCGAAAGUCGAACGGUCGAUUGCAUUGAUUAAGAACUUAAGUUUGGAAAAAGUGCGUUGGGAAACAACGAGCGAAAGUUAUCAGACCCAGUUGGCAACAUUGAUCGGUGAUGGAUUUCUCAUUUCAACAUUCUUAGCUUAUACGGGUUAUUUCGAUCAAAUGACGAGACAAAUUCUCUAUCAACAAUGGCAAAAUCAUUUAGAUAAAGCUAGAAUCCCGUUCAAGCAUGAUUUAGCUCGUGUAGAAUAUGUAUCCGAUGCUGAUGAACGACUCCGAUGGGAAAUGAAUAUGUUACCAAGUGAUGAUCUAUGUCGAGAGAAUGCGGUGAUGUUGAAACGUUUUACUCGUUAUCCAUUAAUUAUUGAUCCGAGUGGACAAGCAUUUGAAUUUCUCUACCGAGAAUAUCGAGAGAAAAACAUUGUACAAACCAGUUUCAUGGAUGUCAACUUUCGUAAACAGCUUGAAAGUGCUCUUCGAUUUGGUACCACUUUGUUCAUUCAUGAUGCUGAAAAUUUCGAUCCCUUGAUCAAUCCAGUGCUUAUUCGUGAUCUUCGACGAACAUCCGGUCGAGUUCUCAUUACAAUUGGCGAUAAAGAUAUCGACUUUUCUCCUACAUUUCGCAUGUUUCUAUUUACACGGGAUUCAGAUGCGGAAUUUGGGCCAGAUGUUUGCUCACGUGUGACAUUCGUUAAUUUCACUGUUACACGAUCAAGUUUACAAUCGCAAUGCUUAUAUAAGAUCUUACGAGCCGAACGACCCGAUAUUGAUGCAAAACGAUCUGAUUUGAUGAAGCUACAAGGCGAAUUUGCAGCCAAAUUGCGUCAUUUAGAAGAUAAUUUAUUAAAAGUACUCAACGAAUCUGAAGGAACCAUCUUGGAUAACGACAAAGUGAUUGCUACACUGGAAAAGAUCAAAACAGAAGCAUCCGAAAUCAUGCAAAAGGUGGAAGAAACUGACGUGAUUCUCAAUGAAGUCGAAAAGGUUUCACACGAAUACCUACCAAUGGCAAAAGCAUGUAGUAGUAUCUUCUUUACCCUUUCAUCACUAUCCGCCAUUCAUAUGCUGUAUCAGUAUUCGUUGAGGUUUUUUAUGGAAAUUUUUGAACAUAUUCUCUAUCAUAACAAACGCUUAGAGUCGAUUACUGAUUCGGCCCAACGAUUGGAUAUUAUUUUGAAAAGUUUAUUCGAGACAAUCUUCGUUCGUGUUUCACGUGGUAUGUUACAUCGAGAUCGAGUCACGUUAGCUGUUCAAUUGACAAGAAUCUAUUUGAAGAAUAUCAUCGGGGAAAAUAUGGCUUUUGAAAACGAAUUUUUUGAGAUGGCUCAAGCACUGGAAGAGAAUGCAGAAAUGCUCAACAUUCAAAAUAAGCUAUCAGAACCACAGAAACGGGCGUUGUCACAUUUGGCAGCAAAUGUUCCACCGUUUAAAAACCUCCAACGGAAAAUCGAAUCGAGUUCAGUUGCAUUCGAUGAAUGGGUGAGUAGUACUGAUGUUGCAACGCAAGUUCCAGUUUUUUGGGAAAAUACCGGGGAUAAAACAAAUCCAAUCAAUACGGCUGUUUACGCAAUGUUAUUGACACGUGCUGUACGGCCCGAUCGUUUGAUCCUUGCAGCGAAAUUAUUCGUGGAAAGCGUUUUCGGUCCGGAAUUCACUCAAAAAGCUGACGCAUUAUUAAACUUGGAACAAAUCAUCAACGAAGAAAUACAUGGUUUAACACCUAUUCUGCUGUGCUCUGUUCCGGGCCAUGAUGCAUCAAAUCGUGUAGAAGAAUUAGCAACCAAUCUGAAUAAAAAAUUGACAAGCAUUGCUAUUGGUUCUGCGGAAGGCUUUACAUUAGCCGAACAAGCAAUCACUAGUGCAUCUAAACAAGGCGAUUGGGUACUGUUGAAAAACGUUCAUUUGGCGCCACAAUGGCUGAAAGAAUUAGAGAAGAAACUGCAUUCAUUGAAACCUCAAGAAUCAUUUCGUUUGUUUCUCUCCACAGAAAUCCAUCCGAAACUUCCAACGAGUUUGUUACGAAUGGGUCUGUGCUUAGUGUUCGAACCAGCGACGGGCAUACGCGCGAGCCUCAUGCGUACACUGAAUGAAUUUUCUGGAACUCGUAUGGAACGAGUGCCACAUAUACGAGCAAAAGCUUACUUUCGAUUGGCUUGGCUUCACGCACUUGUCACAGAACGUUUACGUUAUACACCACUGGGUUGGUCUAAACAUUAUGAAAUUAACGAGAGUGAUUUACGUUUCGCAUGCGACACAAUUGAUCAAUGGAUUCGCGGCGAAGGCAAAGAGGAUGUUGCCUGGGAUGCACUUCGAUACUUGGUUGCUUCGUGUAUCUAUGGUGGACGAUUAGAUAAUCGAUUCGAUCAGCGUCUUCUUGCUUCUUUUGUGGGCAAAUUCUUCUGUCAAGAGAGUUUAAAUAGCUCCUAUCCGUUGAUUAAAGAUGAUGCUUCGUCAUUGUCGAUACCCAUACCGCAAGAUACAACCAAAGCUAAAUAUGUUGAAUGGGUAAAAAAUCUUCCAGCACAUGAGAAGCCGACUUGGCUUGGCCUACCAGAUAAUGCAGAAAAGGUGCUAUUAAUUAGUGAAGGAAGUAAAUUUGCAAUUGAUCUACUAAAAUGUGAUCAGGCGGAUGAGACUGCUCUAACUAUUGAUCUGGACACCAGCGAACGUAAAGAAGAAGGUGAUGAUGCCGGACGUCCAGCAUGGAUGGUGCAUGUGCAACAUACAACACAGAAUUGGCAGAAACUAUUACCUAAAGGAUUACCAACAAUGAAGCGCACAUCUGAGAAUAUCAAAGAUCCUUUGUUUCGAUGUGUCGAACGUGAAGUUAAUUUUGCCGCAAAUCUACUCCGUGCAGUUCGUCAAGACCUUGCGGAUAUCCAAGCCGUAUGCGAUGGAAGUAAAAAACAAACAAAUGACACGCGUGAUAUAUUGAAUAAUUUAUCCAAGGGUAUCACACCACCAACAUGGAAGAAGUAUCGUGUACCGCCACGUAUCAGUGCCAUGCAAUGGAUGUCGGAUUUUGUUGCUCGCUUGAAACAACUUGAUAAAUUAGCAACACUGACAACAAAUGAAGGCGUGCAAUCUUUACGAAAAGUGGAAAUGUGGCUCGGUGGCCUAUUUACACCCGAAGCAUAUCUUACUGCAACACGUCAAUGCGCUGCUCAAACGUUACAAGUUUCACUAGAAGAGCUUGUUAUGCAUGUUCAUAUGAUGGAUCAGCCAUCACAGGUGGACGCAAAGAAAGAAAACACGUUUUUGAUUACCGGAUUGAAAUUGCAAGGCGCAUCAUGUCGCAAUAAUACUUUGUUUUAUUCCAGUGCAAUUCUGGAUGACAUUCCUCUUUUAACGAUCGAAUGGAAAAUGCCCAAUGAUCCAACAUUAGCAAGCAAGAAAACGGAUCAGCAAGAAGUGACUCUACCAGUAUAUGGUAAUGGCCUUCGAACAGAACUACUUUGCACAAUUAAUGUGAAAGCUGGUCAAUCGAAUACUUCAGAGUUUCACUUUUAUGAGCGUGGUGUUGCUGUUUUAGCGUCAUCGCUAGAUACCAAUCAUUUUGAUCCGACACGAAAUGGUUCAAAUAUUGAUGACGUUGUUCUAAUGACAAAGUAUCUUAAAAGUGCAUAUCCAUUUGGGAUCACUGCUGAAACAUAUUACUAA